AUGUCGGGCCGUACCAAUACGAAUGAUGGCAGGGUUCAAAAACGGAAGCGUCCCCGCCCUUUACCGCCCCAUGUAAACGCUCGCAACCUGGCAAUCGAGAAACGGCGUCGUGGAGAGAUGAAUGAGAACUUUUUGGACCUGGCUCGCCUAGUCCCGCCUUUGGCCUCCGCGCGGAAGUUGACCAAAGUGCUCAUCAUUAACGAAAGCAUUCAGCACUUUCGUGCCCAGCGUGACAUGUGCAUCGCCGCCGCUGCGGAUAUGCAGGACCUACUCGCGGAGAACCGUCGGCUUGUUUCCGAGAUCAACACCAUGCGCUCGCAGUUCGGGGGCCCGUUGACGGAGGCCAGGCCUGUCACCGAGCCCAUGGCUUGGCUGAUGAGCGUCAAGGAUGAGGUUUACGGCACAUUUCCGGCCGGCUUUGGAGAUAACUGGGCUGAAGGCUCCAGUGAAGAUCUACAACCGGGAGGUGGGAUCGCAGAUCAGGACGUAUCGCUGCCUGUAGAUGGCUUUUUUACGCCAGGUGACCAAGCAUAUCUGGCACGAUUAUCCCCUCCGGACGAGCCAAAUCCGCUGCCAAACGAAGUCGCCGUCACGAUGCCGGCAUCGGACUACCAACAGGUCCCGUGGGGCUUCAUGCCAUAUUCGGAUAACUCUGGACAGCCUCCAACUAUGCCCCUACUAGAUCCUUUCGCAGCAUCCGGCGUCUCUUUCGACAACCAGGUAUUAGGGAAUAUAACUGAUUCAGCGAACACUGUCACGAGCUCCUGGGUUGGAGGACUUGAUCUGAGCGACACAGGAUCCUAUUUGCAGCAAACAACCUCGCAGAAAGAGUACCCAAAUUCAUGA